UUAAUUCAUCAUAGAUGCGGCAUUAAUUUUGUGUACUGUGUAGGCAUAUAUUGAUAAUAUUUUAAUAUUCUUAAAUUUGGUAUCGCAGUUCUGAAAAAUUUCUAGCACUUAUCCAAAUAGGCUAUCAUACAAAAACGUAACUUUUCUGGUCCAAUUAAAUACUCGGCAACUCACCGUAUUUUAUGUUAACUGGCAAAAUGAUUGUGCUUCAAUUAUUUUAAGAUACUGAUUAAAUUUGUAUGACAUAGGCUUCUCCAAAAAUCUAACUCAGAUGGGUUCACGUGGAAGAUUUGGCCCGUUAGUAGGGGCAAUAGACGAAGGAACAAGCAGUGCACGCUUCCUCGUGUUUGCUGCCAACACAGCCGAAGUCCUCACAUACCACCAGGAGGAGAUUAAACAAAUCUGUCCGCAAGAAGGAUGGGUUGAGCAAGACCCGUUUGAAAUAUUACAUCUAGUUGAAAAAUGUCUUUCAGUAUCAGUAAAUAAUUUAAAAGAACUUGAUAUCGACCCUGGAGACAUAGUUUCUAUUGGAAUGACCAACCAGAGAGAAACUACGAUAGUGUGGGAUCCGUUUACUGGAGAACCACUUUAUAAUGCUAUAGUUUGGUUAGACGUAAGAACAGCGGACACAGUGGAACGUAUGAAAGCCAAAGUGAAAGGGAAAACUGCAGAAACGCUCAAGGCUCUCAGUGGACUACCAAUAAGCACUUAUUUCAGUGCUCUCAAGCUAAGAUGGCUAAUGGAUAACGUUCCGGAGGUAAAAGCUGCUGUGGAUGAAAAACGAUGCUAUUUUGGUACUGUUGAUACUUGGCUUAUAUGGAAUUUAACGGGUGGUAUUCACGGAGGAUUACACAUCACCGAUGUUACGAAUGCUUCAAGGACCAUGCUCAUGAAUCUACAAACUUUACAGUGGGAUCCAACACUUUGUAGGUUUUUUGGGAUCCCCAUGAGUAUUCUUCCGAAAGUUAGAAGUUCAUCGGAAAUCUACGGCUACUUGGCCGAGGGUUUAUUAAGAGGAGUCCCUAUCUCUGGUUGUCUAGGAGACCAGCAGGCAGCUUUGGUUGGACAGAUGUGUUUGAAGCAAGGACAGGCCAAGAACACCUACGGAACUGGAUGUUUCCUUCUUUAUAACACAGGAACUGCAAUAGUGUUAUCUUCACACGGGCUGCUGACAACAGUAGCCUACAAGCUUGGUCGUAACGCGCCGGCUAUCUACGCUCUGGAAGGUUCCGUAGCCGUGGCCGGCGCAGCUCUCACCUGGCUACGGGACAAUCUUCACCUGUUGUCUGAUGUGAAGGAAACAGCCACUGUGGCGCAGGCUGCCGGUGCUACAGGCCAUAUUGUGUUUGUCCCGGCGUUCUCCGGCCUAUACGCCCCCUACUGGCGCAAUGACGCACGUGGGAUCAUCUCCGGAAUCACACAGGACACCAGGAAGGAGCACAUCAUACAGGCCGCUUUGGAGGCUGUGUGUUUCCAAACCAGGGAUAUUCUGGAGGCCAUGAACCAGGAUUGCGGGAUUCCAUUGACCAAGCUACUGGUGGACGGAGGCAUGACUGUGAACGGCUACGCGAUGCAGUUACAAGCUGACCUGUGUGGAAUACCUGUCGUCCAUCCUUGGAUGUUCGAGGCCACAGCUCUAGGUGCUGCCAUGGCUGCUGGGAGUGCCGAAGGUAUUGGUGUGUGGGACCUGAACAAUAUGCAACCGGUACCCAGCGACACUUAUCUGCCCACCAUAACUGAUGAUGAACGAGAUUUGAGGUAUGAUAAGUGGAAGAAAGCAAUUCAAAAAAGUUUAGGCUGGGAUCUAGAUGCAACCCCUAGGAAAACUAAUGGAAAUAAUCUAGAGAAUAACAUUCGUGUGCUAUCCAUGGUGCCUUGUGGACUAUUCUUCGUAUCGUCUUUUGCUCUGAUGAUAUUUAGUAAAUACCUUCAAAGCUGACACAGCUAAAACUACGACUAGUUUGAAGUAGCUUACCAUCACAUUGAUGGAAAUUAAAAUUAUACUAUUUAGCGAUAGUGUUUUGAGCUUUUAUUUUUAGUAUUAGAAGUGUGUUGAAGGGGAACUCAAAAAUCAACUAAAUAUUAUUUCUUUGACCUGUUUAAUUUGACUCAGUGGCAAUGUUUUAUAAGACUAGAUUCAAUUAAGUCUCUUCAUUUAUUAAUUAUUAAUUUACUGAAAUACACAGUCGUGCGUUAAAUUAAUUGAUCAAAUCAAUCCAAGUUGAAAUAAUAAUCAACCAACAUUCCAUGGUUUUAAUUUGAGAUAAGAUUUAAGAUUUCCUCGGGAAUAUCUUAAUAGUUUGAAAGUGAUAAGUGUACCUGUAAAACUUGCAAUAUAUUAAAUGCAUGGAUUAAACUAAAUUAUAUCAUGACAGAUGUAUUACCUGGUGAAUCCAGCGUAUUGUUCCUUGGAUUCUACUUACCAUUAUUUUUUACACAAUUUCAUGGAUUUUUUGUUUUCUUUUGAGUCAAGUCAAGGUUAGUUUUGUAACACACUGUAAAUUAAAUCAAUGUUGGUGCCAGAAAACAUCAUGUGCUUCCAGCAGCGUUAUAAUAAAUCAUGAUUUUGUUUUAUGUCAGAGACACAUCCUUUAUUAUUGGAAUACAAAUUUGAUCUUGGUAGGUUUUAUAAACAAUAAGAUGAAAUGUAUCACCAAGUUCACAUGCUUUUAUCCUCAAUAGAAAAUCAAACUAGCACUGACCGUCAAUUUAUAAAAUAGGCAUACUUACUAUCAAUGUGUUGUUUUCUUAAGGGUUGUAAUGCUUAUGUUUUAUUGUUAUUGUUUGUUUUAAUAUUUAAGUUGUUAUGUAGUAUGUUGUUAUAGUAUAUUUCGUACCUAGGGCCGAAAAUGGGGUUUUGCCGGCUCGAGAUAGUUUUUAAGUUCGAGACGAAGUCGAGAACUUAAAUCGAUCGAGAGCUGCAAAACCAUUUCGGUCCGUGGUACGAACGCUAUUUUUCACCACACUAUACCCUAUUACCACUAUUCACCACUAUAAUAAUGCACACUGAUCGUCAACACAACUACAACUUUAAGGUUAUGUGAAGAAAUAAUUUGAAGAAUCAGCAAAAAUAUAUAUAAAUAGUUGCUAGGCAACGGUGACAAUAACACAAUUCUAUAUUGCAAUGCUAUGGAUUUUGAUUGUGUAUUUAAAACGCAUUCAUGUUUUAAGUAAGUAAGCGGACAGCUGAUUUUGCGGCCCCGGAAUGUAAAAACCUGCUCGGUCCCCAAAUUGGCGACAGCUGGCAUGGCCAGCAAAACGUAACUUUCAGCCACCAAUUAACGUAUGUAAAACAGCCAAAAACAUCAUAGUGUGGUGAAAAAAAGGUUGUUGUAGAAAAUGGACUCUUUACUUUUUUCCUUUGGUUAUUGAAACACUUUAUUUGACGUCCUGCUAAGCUGAUGGGUUCAACAAGCAAUGAGUUUUUAUAGAAACUUUCAUUGUGAAUACUCCAGAAUUUAAAUUCUGUCUAAAUGAGUACAAUGCUUACAAACUCUUAAACUUUUAGCACUUACCUUUCGAGUGAAAAGUUUUUUCGGGAGCUGAGUUUCCCGGUUAAUCUAUUCCUAAAAAAGAAUUUAUUCAUGUCGAAGCCUUCCGGAAUUGGUAAUGAAUUAUAACAGGUUUGGUACCUUGACAUCCACAAUUCCUACUCCUUCUUCUGUGAGUAGAAUUGUUGACCAGUUCAGUGACGUGUGGCGGCCGGCCAACUUUGUUAAAUUUCUACCGAGUUGUGUUAUGUAUGUGUGUUAAAUAUGUUUAAAAUUCAACAAUAUUCAAUGAAUGGAAUAUUUUAACGUUCUGUUUUUUGAUAAUGACUACUUAGUAGUCGAAACUAGUCAGCGGAAGUUCGACUGAGGAAUUGAGGACUUCAAGGUACGUAACCUGUUAUAAAAAAAGGAGGUGGCAUUUAAAGUUCAAUCUUAGAGAGAAAAAAACAAAUACUGUAUACAUAUUUCUUUUUUGAACUCCAUAUUAGGCCUAAGUAAUCAGUUGAGAACAUAAAGGUUUGGGUGGAAAUAAUCUAAACGUGAGGUUGAAGACCUCUUGAAAUUUGUUGUUGUUAACCAUAUUAUUGAUUUUGUCCUCAAGGCAUUUGCUUUUUACACACGUGUUGUCAUCUUAAGUUUUAUUUUUAUAGCUUACUAGUUGUUACCCAAGGGCUUGACCCCGUUUGACUUCAUAAGUAUCGUAUAGUCAAAGUUAUUAAUAAAACUAUUGAUUGGUUAAGUUAAGCUGAAAUAAAUAAAACAGAAUAUAGUAAUAAAAACAAAUAAUCACACCUGAUUUUAUUUAAUAAGGUAAUAAAUUGAAAGAAUAAGGCCGCGUUUACACUAUGUAACAAAACACUGUUUUAUAACAUUGUUAUAAAACUUUUCACACAGGAAUGCAGUUUGUCUAAAACAAAAGUUAUAUAACAUUGUUUGAAUAACAAUGUUUUAAAACACUUUUUAAGGAAUGCAGUUUCAUGACUUUAAAAGUUAUAUAACCUUGUCUUAAAACAGUGAAAGUUUGUUUUAAAACCAUGUUACAUCUUUCCCGUCCAUAGUCGGGAUAUAAAUAACUACCUGAUGUACCCGUGCUUCGCAGCUAU